AUGGUGUCUCCACAAAUGGAUAACUACAACGUUCAGCAAGUCACCACUUCUCUUGCUGGCUUACUAAUACUGUCUGUUGGUCCAUUUCCUCCCUUUCCUAUCAGCGAACCAACUGUCCAGUAUGGAGGAGAACUGAUAUUGGGAGGCAUUGACACUCAGCUGUUCACUGGUGAAAUUGCCUGGGUCCCUGUGAUUCAACAUCCUUACUGGCAGAUCAAUAUUGAAGAGUUUGCUAUUGGCAACCAGGCUACUGGCUGGGGCCGGGGAAGCUGCCCGGGGAUUGUUGACACUGGGAAAUUUUUUUUAACCAUCCCACAACAGUAUUUAAGAAAUUUCCUUCAGGCUGUGAAAGCUCCUUAUGAAGAUUCAUUUGUGGUAGACUGCAACAAUAUCCAGAAUAUCCCUACCAUUAUCUUUUACAUUAAUGGAUCUCAGUUCCCACUACCUCCUUCUGCU